AUGCAGGUGCUUGUCAAGCACUACCCCAAGAACUGCCUGCUGGCCGUCAUGGACCGGUACUCAGCUGCCGUGCAGAACAUGGAGCAGGUGGUGAUGUUCCCCAGCCUGCUGCGGGACAUGCAGCCGAGUGAGCACGGGCGCCAGGCCCCGGCUGAAGCCCCCAGUCUCUACAACUACUUCACCAUGCUCAAGGCCAUCCGCGUGGAUGUGGAGCACGGGCUGCUGCCCCGGGAGGAGUGGCAGGUCAGGAUGGCAGGUGGUAAAGCCAAUGAGGCUGAGGAUGAAGCCGCAGAGAAGGAGGAGGGUGAGGAGGUCGUGGGGCAGCUGGACCUAGAAGCUCAGUUCCACCUGCACUUCUCCAGCCUUCAUCACAUUCUCACCCACCUUACCCUGAAAGCCGAGGAGGUGACAAGGACAUACCAGGAGAUAAUGGGACUGGCCAUUUAG